UUACAACGGUGAAAAAAACGGCGAUAUGAGCAAUUCAGAACCAUCACUACCACCAGAAUCCAUUGUCUUCAAUACUCUGGAGUUGCUCUCCCUCUACACUGUCAUGAUGGUGAAGCGAUUCUCCAGGAACCUCCAGCUCCGAAAUAAUUAUCUCCCGCAGUUCAUGAAAACGAUAGAGAGUAAUUUGUCUCGGCUGAAGGUCGACAAGCACUGGUAUUUUGCCACUGUCAGAGAUCAAGUUCGUCUGUGUCACAAUCAGUGGCAGUGCAUUGAUGAUGACACAGAUAUUGGCAUGAUGCAUUACAACACCCACCUGAUCAUAGUGGCCCUAAGAUUGGGACUAGAGAAUAUGUGGGUGCCGGAUGGAUGUCUGCCACUCUUUGAAGACACUAUAGUUGGGGAGCUGAAGAAUCUGUAUGAGUCUGGUAAACCGUCUUUUGCCCUCAAGCAGCUGAGUCAGGCUGAUCCUAUGUUUGAAUUUCUGAUGCAUCAUUCACCAAACUUGGAGAAACUUUUUAUGCCGCUCAGUGAUAACCAGUCCUUCCAGAACUGUGUUAAGUUUUCGAACUUACGUAUGGUAGAACUGGCCGGCGGGGUUUCUGAUAAAGUUAUGUGCAGUGCCCUGUGGAAUAUUAACAACAAGAAAAGUGACAAAGUAUUAGAGAUGGCUCUUAAGGAUUCCAAGGAGCCAGGUACUUGGCAUUUGUCUCUGCCUCACCUGGAGGUGCUGAGGAACAACAUGCUACAAUGCAAGGCACAGGUCAAUGCCAUGCGGGUGUCUCUGGGAGCUGUGGCAUUAGCUGUCCAGCCCAAGCUUAAGGUAGUGGAAACUUUACAAUCUUGGGACACUUACUCUGCUGUAUUGUACCUGCUGGAUAUGGAGGCUAAACAAAGGAACAAGAAUGGCAACAGUGAGCGAACCCUUGCUGUCACCAGCCUCAGUGUGGCCUACGCAGAGGAGCUGAACAUGGACGAACUUAGAUGUGUUGUGAAGGCUUGUCCCAAGCUGGCUAACCUUAGACUAGACCAUACUGAGAACAUCCACAAAGAACUGGCUCUUAUCUGUGCUAUUAUCCCAGUGAAGCAUGUGAAAAAUUUAAGCCUCGACGCCACUAAUCUGUCAAACCGAGAGCUGACGGUUCUGCUGGCAGAGAUGCAUAACUUAGAACAGUUGACUCUGCGCCUAACCCUGCGGGCCAUCAUUAACUUCAACAUUCCUAAUGAAGAGGAUGCCAGGAUGGCCAUGCUACCCAACAUCAAGAUACUGAGCAUUGAGUUUCUCUACCCCGACUUAGAGCUUGAUACAACAAAUGACAAUCUGGAUUUUGAAUCUAAGGACAUGAUGAGCUUUUUGUCUUGUUUCUCAUUAGUAAAGGAACUUUACUUCUACAACACUGUUCUUGCUCCAGCAUCAUAUUUGGUGUAUGGCUGUAUCGGAGGAUCGUUGGCAGUGUUACAUAAGCUACAGCAUCUGUCGGUAAUAUCUUGCCACGAGGACGUCCCCAGGGAACUCACACAUCACCCUGAUAAUCAUGAUUCAAAAAUUUAUAAGCAUUACAGUGGAGUACCUCGCAUGCUGGCAGAUCUUCAGGAUGAGACAACAUUCAAGCACCUGCGAGCAUUAAAGACUCUGACAAUGGAUGAGUUAUACAUCAAUUCAAGCAUAGACCGCAUGAUAGAGUUGCUCAGGUUGUGUGGAGUGAUGGUGGCCGUUCACUACCGUCCUGGGGUGCACAGGUACCCAUACCGUGCUAAGGGAUUGACCAUAGUUUUUCCUUCACAUGUGCCACUGUGAUGAAGCUAUUUCCGACUUUAAAUUAUGUCUUAAUUAAUUUUCUUUUAUCAUAAUUAUUUGUGUGUUUCAUGGUCCUCUGAGAGCUUUUUUAAUCUUUUAAUUGUAAUGAUAAUAUAAAAAAAUAAUCACUCGAGGUGUAUUGUACUAAAGUAAAGAUGAUGUAAUUUGUUUCACGUGUGUACAUAAUCAGCAGAUGUCUGGUAAUGAGUAACAACUGUUUUUUGCUUCCAGAUAUCUUGAAUAGAAAUUGUGUAAAAAAAAAAAGUUUUGGAUGCAUAUAGUGGGUAAUAUGUGGAGCAGCAUUGUAGUGUGGACAGUAGAUUGUGGGAGAGUUUGAUAUUGUACUGACAUAGUAGAAGGUAGUGAGGGAUAAAAAAAGGUAAAGACAUUAGGUUUAGCUCCAGUGAAUAAUGUACACUGGGACAGGCAGAUCCUGAUUUAAAAAAAAAUUGUAGUUACAAAAAAAUAAACAAAUAAAGUGU